GCAGAGACACCGACACCGACAUGAACCUGCACCAGGUGCUGACCGGCGCCGUCAACCCGGGAGACAACUGCUUCUCUGUGGGCAAUGUGGGUGAGGAGCCCUUCACGGCUUACGCUUCAGGAUGUGAUAUUGUGAUUUUAGGUAGUGAUUUUGAAAGACUUCAGAUUAUACCGGGCGCAAAACAUGGAAAUAUACAAGUCGGAUGUGUUGAUUGCUCCCUGCAGCAAGGAAAGAUCGCAGCCUCCUAUGGAAAUGUGGUUUGCAUUUUUGAGCCUGUGCCUCUCUUAAAUCGGAGAGGUAAAUAUUCUAAACCAAAUCACCAGUGGCAAAAAAGUGGCCAACUUUUAUUACAGUCGGUGGCACACAAUUUAGCAUGGGAUACACAAGGAAUUCGCCUCUUGACUGGUUCGAACGCUUUACAGUUCUGGUCCAAUGUGAAUCUAGAAAUGUGUGCGACUGAAGAGGAGGCUGCAGAUGAGACUGAUCCAAAUGAAAUCAGUGACUGGAGAUGCAUUUGGGAAUCCAAAACUGCAUCACCUAUCCACCUGCUAAAGGUUUCUCCUGAUGGUGAAUUUUUUGCUACUGCAGGAAAGGAUGAUUGUCUUGUGAAGGUGUGGUACAAUACCAGUAGCUGGCAGUCAGCUAUGAUGACGCCUUUCAUUCCAGUGGACAAACGGGAAGGAGACAUAGAUUUUUCAUUCGUGUACUUAGCCCAUCCUCGAGCUGUGACAGGUAUUUCCUGGCGGAAGACCAGCAAGUAUAUGCCAAGAGGUUCUAACUGCGAUGUUUUGUUGACCUGCUGCAAGGACAAUGUUUGUCGGAUUUGGGCGGAGACUAUACUUCCGGGUGACAGUUUGCUGUCUGGAGAAGGCCACACUCAGUGCUCUGAAUCAAUCAUUUUAACCAACAACCUCACGAGAAAUGUUCCCAGUCGGGAUAAGUUGAACAUCAAACAACUUCGAAGAGGAAGAAGAAGAUCUGGGCAUGUUGCAAAUUCUGGGUAUUUACCCCACCAGCAAGAUGCACAUGAAGUUCAUAGAAAUGCACCUGUGCAUGCAAAUUCACUGUGUCAUUUUCACAUAGCGGCUAGUAUCAAUCCAGCAACAGACAUUCCACUGCUGCCCUCCAUCACUUCGUUGAGUUUAGGCGAGAAUGAAGAAACUAAUGGACCAUUUGUAGUUCAUUGGUUGAACAACAAAGAGCUGCAUUUCUCACUGUCCAUGGAAGUAUUUUUACAACAGCUUCGUAGAAGCUUGGAGCAACAAUCCCCAGAGUCUGGGACGGAGGACUUUGGACAAGUGGAGAACAAAUCUGAUGAAGAAAAUGAUGAAAAUAAUGAGCCUCCUAAAGGAUUUAUGAGGCCUGUACCUUCAGAGAAAAAUACUGGAGAAAAGACUUUGUCAGGCCUUACACCUCUCCCAGCCGCCAUGAUUGAUCAUAAGAUUGAAUUGCUGCUCGCAGAAUGGAAUAAGAAUGCAGACAUGCUUUUCAGUAUUCAUCCCGUGGAUGGUUCUUUAUUAGUGUGGCAUGUGGACUGGCUGGAUGAAUACCAACCUGGGAUGUUUCGACAGGUGCAGGUUUCGUUCGCCUCUAGAAUUCCUGUUGCAUUCCCAACUGGUGAUGCAAACUCUCUCAGCAAGAGUGUAGUGAUGUAUGCCUGCACCAAAAAUGUAGACCUCGCUAUCGAACAAGGGAAACAGAAGCCUGCUGGAUUGAGCCACUCUACAUCUGGCAUGCUAAUCUCUGCUGGCCAGAAUAAAUCAUCUGGUAGUCUAAAACUGAGCAUUUUCACACCCAGUGUGCUUAUGAUCUCAAAGCAUGCAGAUGGGUCCUUGAACCAGUGGACUGUCAGCUUUGCAGAGGAGUCUGCAUUUUCAACUGUUCUCAGUGUGUCUCACAAAUCGCGAUACUGUGGUCAUCGCUUUCACCUCAAUGAUUUAGCUUGUCAUUCAGUUCUGCCAUUGCUCCUGACAACGUCGUAUCACAAUGCACUGCGAACACCGGAUGGUGAGAGUCUGCACGAGAACAGGAGUUUUGACUGCCUAAGGCUCAGUGGUUCACAGUCGAGAUACCAGAGACAGAGCAAUACAUUGACUACAUUCCAGGAUUCUAGUUCUAUAUACAGUGAACUAAUUCUGUGGAGAGUUGAUCCAGUGGGGCCAUUGUCGUACUCUGGAGGAGUAUCUGAGCUUGCCCGAAUCAAUUCUCUUCACAUUUCAGCAUUUUCAAAUGUGGCUUGGCUGCCUACCCUCAUCCCAAGUUACUGCCUUGGUGCAUACUGCAACUCUCCAAGUGCUUGCUUUGUGGCAAGUGAUGGCCGUUAUUUACGAUUAUACCAAUCUGUUAUUGAUGCUAAAAAACUUUUAAGUGAGCUUUCUAAUCCAGAAAUUUCUAGGUUUGUUGGAGAGGUUUUCAACAUCGUUAGCCAGCAGUCGACAGCAAGACCGGGCUGUAUUAUAGAGCUAAAUGCCAUCACUGAGCUUUAUGGAAAGGAGACACAGUUGCUUCAUGUCUUUAAGGAAGACUUCAUUCUAGUUAAUCAAAACAACAGCAUGCAGCAUAAUAAAAGAAAUCCCUCUCAGGAAACAGACCCACAGCCGCAAGCAGGAGAGCCGCAGGAAGGAUUUUCAGAGAAAUUCUUUUUGGUGGUAAUAGAGCAUAAACAGAAUAAUCGUUCAGCCCUGCACAUGUGGCAUCUACACCUGAAAUCUGUUCAGGUCUCUGUGGGUAACACACCUGAAACCUCGCCGACACCUGCAGCAGAACCAGAUAGCUCCAUCCCUGAAAAAUCACCAUCUCCUUUUCUUAAAAAAUAUCAAGCUUGCAAAGCAAAUUUACAAAGUGCCAGUAGACUGACUCUUACCUCAGAAAGAGUUUACAGUCAAGAAUUACCUCUUCCAGAAGGAGUGGAGAUUAUUAGAUGUACUCCAUCUGCAGGACACCUCAGUUCUUCGUCAGUUCAUCCAUCUUGCUUAGCACCAUAUCUUUUAGCAACUUCCUGCUCAGACGGAAAGGUUCGAUUCUGGCGCUGUCGAGCCUCUUCACAACUGGUAUCUUCUGCAGCAGGGGACACUGGGGAGAGUGGCUUGGCUUAUUCCUGGGAAGAAUGGCCACUGCUUAUUGAGGAAGGACUUCAUAGCAGCAGUGCCGUGUAUGUACCAGGGAGGCCAGUGGAUGUAAGCUGUUCAUACACAAGCCGGCUGGCUGUGGCUUACAAACAGACAAUACCAGUUAAUGGUCAUUCCAGUAAGCACUUCACCAUGCAUGUUGGAAUAUUUGAAUGCGAGUCCACUGGAGGCUCUCAGUGGAUUCAUGAGCAGACAAUCCACUUGGAUGACUUUAGCCAUAGUUGUACAACGUUGGACCCAAGAGUCAGUAUAGAUAGCAAUUUAGUGGUUUAUAAUAAAGAAGAUUUGCAUUUGAUCAAUGACAGUCAUGUGGCUUUUGACUCAAAACCUUUGGUUCACUUAGAUUGGGUCUCCAAAGAAGAUGGAUCUCAUAUCUUAACUAUAGGAAUUGGAUCCAAGCUUAUAAUGUACGGACAGAUGUCUGGAUUAGUACAAGAUCAGACAAAGAAAGAAGCACCAGCUUUUGUUGCAUUAUCUUUGUGGGACAGUGCCAAGGAAGUCUCUCGAUCUAGAUGGGUGCUUCUCAGGAGCGUGGACCUGGUGUCCUCAGUAGACGGAUCUUUAUCACUGCCUGUUUCCCUCUCCUGGGUGCGUGACGGCAUUCUUGUGGUGGGGAUGGAUUGUGAAAUGCAUGUUUAUUCACAAUGGCAACCACCUGAUAAAUUGGACACAACAGUCACUGAUGUUGAUAUUGGUAGCACUCCUUCAAUAGCUAGCCUUGCAAAAUACAGUUGUGCUAGUGGUUCCAAUCCUAGCCUGUACAAAAGAACACUGACCAGAUCGAUGACUGGGCUUGCUCAGAAAUUUUGUGGCAAAAAGAUUCCAUAUAACUGGAGUGUUGAGAUGGAGGACUCUGGCCUCUUUGAAGCAUCUCAUAAUUUAUCCCCCACUCUGCCUCAAUAUCAUCCUUUGCAGCUUUUGGAGUUGAUGGAUUUGGGCAAGGUCAGACGAGCCAAAGCCAUUUUGUCUCAUCUGGUCAAAUGUAUUGCAGGAGAAGUAAUCACUCCUCGUGACGUUCAAACUAGCCAUGAGCGUCGUCUUAGAUCUUUGACCAUCAGUGCAAGUGGCAGCACCGCAAGAGAUCCCUUAACUGCUAAUAAAAAUGAAAAUCCUGAUUACACGGAAAUAGAUUCUGUUCCUCCUCUUCCUCUGUGUGCACUUCUAGCUGCUGAUGAAGAUACUUCUCAUACCACCUUUGAAAAACCUAGCAAAAGAACUAAUUUUAGGAAGAAAAAUAAAUAUCAGUCAACAGGAAACAACUAUGAUGAACUCUUUGAGACCUCUGUUGGUACAGAAGAUUUAAGUCUCUUAGAUGUCUUUGGCGAUGUCUAUGCAUCCAAAAUUAUUGAUCUUUCUCAGUACAGUCCUACCUAUUUUGGACCCGAACAUGCUCGAGUACUAUCUAGCCAUUUGCUUCAUUCCAGUCUACCUGGACUUACCAGUAUGGAGCAGAUGUUUUUGAUGGCACUAGCAGAUACUGUUGCAACCAUCAGCACAGAUAUCGGAGAAAGCCGAGAAAGAGCCCAAGGUGGAGAGACUCUUGAUGAAUGUGGAUUGAGAUUUCUCCUAGCCAUGCGAUUGCAUACAUUCCUUUCAACAUCACUCCCUCCAGUAUAUCGGGCACAACUUCUUCGGCAAGGUUUGUCUACUUGUCAUUUUGCCUGGGCCUUUCAUUCAGAAGCUGAGGAAGAGCUAUUAAGCAUGAUCCCUGCAAUACAGAGAGGAGAUCCUCACUGGUCAGAGCUUAGAGCCAUGGGAGUCGGUUGGUGGGUGCGCAGCAACAAUACACUUCGCAAAUGCAUUGAGAAGGUUGCCAAAGCCGCUUUCCAAAGAAAUAAUGAUCCCUUAGAUGCAGCCAUAUUUUAUCUUGCAAUGAAGAAAAAGGCUAUAUUGUGGGGUCUUUUCAGGUCUCUUCAAGACAAAAAAAUGACAGAGUUUUUUGGAAAGAAUUUCACCGAUGACAGAUGGAGAAAGGCUGCAUUGAAGAAUGCCUUUGCUUUAUUGGGUAAACAGCGAUUUGAGCAGUCAGCAGCUUUCUUCCUUUUGGCUGGUUCUCUUAAGGAUGCUGUUGAGGUUUGUCUUGAAAGACUUCAUGAUAUUCAACUAGCUCUUGUAAUAUCCCGCUUGCAUGAAUCUGAAUUUGAAGUUUCAUCCACCUACAAAUCCAUACUCUUUCGAAGAUUGCUGGGAUUUGAUACGAAGAGUAAAGAAUUGAACCCAUCUUUCAUGCACCCUGAUCCUGUCCUUCGGAGUAUGGCUUAUUGGAUAUUAGAAGAUUACACAAAUGCUCUGACUACUCUAUUGGAGCAAGGAAUGAGAGAAACUGAUGACUGCAAUGGAACAACAGAAGAGUGCGACAACUCUGCGUCAUGUAACCCUGGAGUAUUUAAUUUCUACAACUAUUUGCGCACCCAUCCUCUUUUGAUGCGACGGCACUUUGCUUCCUCUGAGAAGACAGCCACCCAUAUGGGUUUAACAAUGGAAAGUGGCCUGGCCGAUAAGAUCAGUUUGGUUGAAAGAAGACUGUUCUUUACAACUGCAAAUGCACAUUUUAAAGCUGGCUGUCCCAUGUUAGCCCUUGAAGUCUUAUCCAAAAUGCCAGCAGUCAACAUGAAGUCGCAGGCUUCACAGAACAAAGGAAGUUCUCGUUUAACUAAGUUGUCAUCUUCAGUGGAAGAAUCGGAGCAAAAAUCUUUUGAUUUGGACAGGUCCCUUCCAGUUUUAAAUGGUUUUGGACAUAAGGCCACUUCAAAUUGGAUGUCAAGUGGACAAUCGGAUUCGUCUCUUAGUUUUGACUGGAGUUGCUCCUCUCAGACUAUUGAAGAAGAGCCUUUGGAGCUAAAAUGGGACAGCGAUAAGGAAGAUGAAGAGGAAGAACCUGGCUUAGCAAUGAAGGAAAUUACGCUACAAUACCCGGUUGCAGAGAAAACCAAAGAAGAACAUCACAAUAAUACACAUUUUUCCUCCUCUUAUGGUGAUGCUGAUGAUUAUUUAAGUCCAUCAAAAGAUGUAAUAGCAGCACAACUCAAGUUUGGAGCUUGCUUAAAGAUACUAACAACAGAGCUGCGUACAUUAUCCACGGGUUAUGAGGUUGAUGGUGGCAAACUUCGUUACCAAUUGUACGAUUGGCUGGAGAGAGAAAUUCUAGCUCUACAGAAGACCUGUAAUUAUAAUAUUGAUGUGGAUGGUUUGAAAAAUGGUUUUGAAGAAACCCUGGAUAAAAUGACAACCAAUGAACAGACGGAAAAUGAAAUGUAUGACCAGGAAAGAGCAAUACGACAGCAAGACUAUUUGCAACGGAAGCGGCUGUGGCUGCGGAAAAACCAGCCACUUCUGCGAAUGUUUCUUAGCUACUGCAGCCUUCAUGGGUCUCAUGGUGGUGGUCUUGCAUCAGUCAGGAUGGAGUUAAUUCUUCUUUUACAGGAAUCACAGCAGGAACAUUCUGUGAAGCAGUUUGCUAAUCCUUUGCUACAACCUGCAUCUAUACCGCUCCUAUUUGCUAGCACGGCAAGUGCAAAAAUAGUUGUAGCCAACCCUGUACUCCAUCUGAGUAACCUUACACAUGACAUCCUGCACACCAUUGUGGAGUUUGAUUCUCCUCCACAUCCAGACAUCAAAAACAGUCAGAUAUACGUAAUGCACACUGUAGCAGCUUCUCUUUCUGCAUGCCUCUAUCAGUGUCUUUGCAAUGGCCACAGUUACAGUUCUUCAUAUGCAAACCGAUUCACUGGAAUGGUCUAUCAGGGCUUUUUCUUUACACAGCAACGCUCACACAGAGCAGCAAGUUUAGAUGGCACAGUGUCUCCCAAUACAUCCCCUCAUCAGUGGCCAGGUAUAAAGCAGUUAAUCCACCUAUUAAAUUCUGCUGGGGACGAAGACAGGCCCAAAUUAGCAGUCCUGCUGUGUGAGGUCUUGACUGCAGUUUACUUCAGUCUUUUUGCUCAUGGCCUGGCAACACAUGCCAGCAAUGAGCUUUUCCGACUUGUAGCUCAUCCUCUUAACAGCAACAUGUGGGCUGCAGUAUUUGGUGGAGGUGCCCAAGUUCCUGUGAAAAGCAACAGCCAGUCUACACAUAGUACAGUGGUUGCUGCUCCUCCUGAAGAUAAACGUCACAGUCGCUUCAAACUCUUGACGUCCCAAUCAGAAAGCAGAGAGUUCAAAGCACCUGAGGUAUCUGCCUCUCCCAUUGUCAACCAGGAGCUUCCAAAUUAUAAAGAGAAGUUCAUCCCACCCGAGCUCAGUAUCUGGGAUUAUUUUAUAGCAAAGCCCUUUGUUCACCCAUUACAAAGCAUAAUAGAGUAUGACUCAGAAGAUAGCCAAGACAGUGAUGAAGAGGAAGAAGAUGCUUUUGCUACAGACACACAACUACAGGAACACUCCAAUCCUAAUUCUUUCAGCUGGUCACUGAUGCGAUUUGCUAUGGUGCAAUUGGUGUUACGCAAUAUCAAAAACUUUUACCCAAUGGCAGGGCUGGAGCUUUCAGAGCUUCCUGUUUGCUCCCCAAUUUGCCACAUUAUUUUGAAGACUCUUCAGCGUUGGGAGCAAGUGUUGCUUCGGCGGCUUGAAUUGUUUGGUGGCCCUCCUCCAGACUUCAUCACCCUGCAUGGCACAGUGUCUGCUGGACCUGCUAUUCUACUCCAUAAAAUGCUGCUGGAGCCCUCAAAUACACCCUUCAAGUCAAAGCACCAUUCUGCACUUCCUGUAAAGAGACUUUGGCAAUACCUCUUGAAACAGGAGGAAGUUCAAGACACCUUCAUUAGAAACAUUUUCACAAAGAAAAGAGGUCCAAAUGAGUCAGUAGAGACCUCCAGUGAAACAGUCAGAAAUACUAUGACGGAGCAACCUAACACCAAUAAGAUGGAAACUGAUUCUGCUUACCCUGGUGGGAGGACAAGGAUUGUACAUAAGGAAUCUGACAUAAUUACAGCAUUUGCCAUUAAUAAAGCUAAUCGGAAUUGCAUAGCAGUAGCCACUAGUCAUGAUAUCCAGGAGCUUGAUAUAUCUGCAAUCCUGGCUACCCAGAUCUACACAUGGGUGGAAGACGACUUGGAUCAAGAAUCAAAGUUGGAUGAUUUCCUGCUGGUUCAUACUCGAGAUGAUUUGAGUGAUAUCCAGGGCAGCACGCCUUACACUCCCAGUGUUCCUGGUACCCCCAUAAACAUGCCUUGGCUAGGCAGUACACAGACCGGUAGAGGGGCAUCUGUGGAAAAAACAGCUAAGUUUAAUGGAAUCAGAAAGGAUUUUUCAAAAAAGCAGAUGAUCAAACGGACUAUGAAUAAUGCCAGGAGGAUGGCUUCCCAUCCAACAUUACCUUACUAUCUAACGGGUGCUCAAGAUGGAAGUGUUCGGAUGUUUGAAUGGGGUCACUCACAUCAGAUAGCGUGCUUCCGAUCUUCUGGCAAUUCCAGGGUUACCAGAAUACGAUUUAAUCAUCAGGGUAACAAGUUCGGUAUUGUUGAUGGAGAUGGAUUCUUGAGUUUGUGGCAAUCAAACACAAUUGCACUGGGAGUCACGCCAAAACCUUACCUGACUUGGCAGUGCCAUAACAAAACUGCAAAUGAUUUUGUUUUUGUUAGUUCUUCUACUUUAAUAGCAACAGCGGGACAAUCCAGUGACAAUAGGAAUGUCUGUCUUUGGGAUACGCUGGUGCCACAAAGUAAUAACUUAGUUCAUGCUUUCAUAUGCCAUGACAGCGGAGCCACAGUGCUGGUGUAUGCACCAAAGCAUCAAUUUUUGCUAUCUGGAGGAAGAAAAGGUUUGAUUUGUAUAUUUGAUCUACGUCAGCGACAGUUCUGUCAGACCUUACAUGCCCACGAAUCGCCUGUCAAAGCAAUUGCUGUGGAUCCAACAGAGGAAUAUUUCAUUACUGGGUCUUCUGAGGGUGACAUGAAGGUCUGGCAUUUUUCCACUCAAAAAGUGCUUCACACAUUUGCAAGCGAGCACUCUCGCCAGUCAAUCUUCAGAAACAUAGGAACAGGAGUCAUGCAAAUCGAGAUUGGACCAAGCAAUCAUAUGUUCUCUUGUGGAGCUGAUGGGACAAUGAAGAUGAGAAUCCUGCCAGAUCGCUUCAGCACAGGGAGUGGAAAACUAGAUAUCUGGCAAAAUGAUGUUAAAUUUAUACUAUGAUAUUGACAUUAUCAGCACAGUCCCUUAUAGUUUAUAUUCAGUGGUAUACCUGUAUAAAAUAUUUUGUGUAACACAUUGGUGUGUAUCGAGCACUGGUGCCACAUAAAGAGGAUCCCUUUUGAGCUGAAGUGUUUUUUUUUCUUUAUAUUUUAAUUCUUAAUGCACUGAUGCCUUAAGAAGAUUGUCAGCUUAUGAAUUUUCAAGAAUAAUUAGAGCUAAGAAAUGUUGAAUCUAAAUAAGUGUCAAAAUAUAUGAAGUAAUUUUAUUGUACAAAGAAGGUAAAACAUGUUGCUGCUAAAAGGCUUUUCUUUCUUGAGACAGGCUGAUGGUAUUUUUGAAGUGUCAAAAUAUGUACAGUGCUUUAAGAAGAAGAAUCAAAAGGUAUAAAAUACAAUUAUCUUUUUUACGCUCGUCUUAGAGUUUGUAUGAUAUUUGAAACUGUGACCGUUCCUUGUUGAUUUGCCGUAGAUAACCCCUGAAAUACAAGCUAUAAAUAUUUAGGUUCUGCUUCUAUUUUUAACAUGUGAGCUAGUGUUCUAAGAGUUUGGGCAGCAAGUCAGAAUAUUACAAAUCUUGCACAGCAUUUUACUAUAAAGUUGAAGGUAAAAAAUAUACAAAUUUGUUCUGCCAUGAACCAGAGCUGUAAUUCAGAUUUAACCAUUUUAAAUCCACUAAAAUUAAGAAUGAACAAUUCUUCCAACAAGUCUUUAACAUUAAAAUGAUUAAAAUCAUGUUUUCGGUUUGUGCACCCAAUAGUACAAGCAGGCAGUGCUGUAACUACAGUUAAGCAGAAAAGCAAGCACUUGUUUCCAUACCUCAACCAUCGGUGCUCUGAGUUGACUACUGGCUGCUACAUCUCUCUGGUUUUCUCUCUCCCAGAGGGAAGUGCCUGGCUCCCUACUUCACAUCUGAGGUUGGGAAACCAGUAUUGUUGGAAACUGUGGGCACUACUCAUGCACCUCCAAUUUUAUUUUCUCUCCUACAUCAUCAGAGUAUUUCCCAACCAGAAAGACAGCAGUUAACUUGCACACAAGCUUCUACCAGUGCCACUCUAACAGUUCAUUAAUUAGUGUUCUCAAACUAGGAUUAGAGUUAUUAGCCAUCUUUUUAAAAAAGAAUAGUGUCCUUAUUUUUCUAUUUUUCUCCCCAUUGAUAUAUCUCUGCUCCUGUUUCCAUCUUCAUACUGAGUGCAUAUCCAUGGGCACUUCCUGACACCCAGCCCAAAAGGCAAUUACUGGCAGUGAGUGUUGGCAGUGAAUGUUGGAAGUGGCACAGUGAAGCCUGACCUCUGCUCCUCAGCUGUCACAUUUAUGUACACUACCAGUAAAUGAUGCUGUAGAUGGACCAGGAGCAGAAACCCUAGAAGAUUUCCCUCUCCCUAUCCCUGGCUGAGACAGCAAACUAAGCACAGAACGGGAUUUUAGCUGUAGCUCUAACCAUCACACCAUCCCAUCAGGGCUGUUCCUCACUGUCUGAAUUUACUUUUCACCUUGCAUUGAAGCAUCUAGCCCAUAAUCAGCACCUUGAUAUUAUAUAUUAGCCAAGAUUGAUAAGUUUCCAUGGAAGGAAUUACAAGCACAAAACUACAUCCUUGCCAUUCCAAUGCAUUUGGCAGUUCAACCACAAAUUGGGGAAAACGUCUACUAAAUUAUGUAUGUAAAAUUCUUAAAAGAAUGUGAAUGUAUUAUUCAUGAGACUUGGAAAACCUUUUGAUCUAUUCUAUUUUGAAUAAUAGACCAGACAAAUAAAAAUGAAAUUGAAGAUUAAUUCUGCAUUGAAGAAUGAUCUUGGCACCCCUUGGAUGGAAAGGGUUAAAGAAAUUCAGAGUUGCUCACUGUAAAUAUUCAGAAUUAUACCAGUUUUCUGAUUUUUUUUAAAUGCAGUGCUUGAUGGAAAAUAAGCCACACUGGAUUUAAAAUUGUUGCUUGGCAUUCUGAAUGCUAAACAGUUCAAAUAAAACCUUGUAAUCUAUACAACUGAUAUAAUAUAGUCAUCGCCCCACAGGCAGAUAGCAUAAGUAAGUUAUCACUUUUUUUUUGGUAAACGCUGAACCAAAAUCCUCAACCUGAGCUUUACCUGUAGCUCAUAUGACAUGUACAAGAUAGUAAACUGCUUUUUUGGCUGUCUUGACCAGACAGUUGGACUGGUUGAACACUGAUCUUGGGGACCAUAAGUCUGUGGAUGUGAACCUAGGUGGAUCCAUUCAGCCUUAAUUUUCUCAAGCUCAAUCAAAUAAAUACCAUGUCUAAAUUGGGGAGGGGGCAGAAGGAAAAUGUGGUCUCUCUGGAGUUGACUAGUAUCAGAGGGACACAUCUAACUCAAUCCUGGUAGGUCCACCUACCAGACAUUGUCGAUAGUUGGAGACAAUGGAAUGUAGAAAUGUCCUCAGCCCUAUGAGGUACAAAGGCAGGGUCCCAGCUGGACAUGUUUGAUCAUAGUUGCCUGGCUUCACACUGGUGAACUGCAUACUUACCAACCAAAUAUUCUUUUUGCUUUGCUCCACACCAGGACCAACAAGUCUGAAACCUGAUCCCUUUCUGAUAUUUGUUAAUUUGUCUGGAACAUGCAGAAACCCAUUACCUUGCUUAAAAGUAUCCAAACCUGACUGAGAGCCAUGUACAUAUUGCAUCUUCACAUAGGAAUUUCCCUGUGUCUGUAAUGAACCCUCUUCCUGAGAGACACAUCCUGCUUACUUCAUUCCAUUAGGUGCAGGCUGGUGAGAGCCAAGGCUUGGGGACCCCCAAUUGUGUGUUGGGGUACUGUUGGAGUUGAAUCAACUAAAACCCAAUAGUUUGGCCUGCUACUGUCCAGCUAGGACCACCCUAUCCAUUAGGGCUUUGCCUUGGAAGUUAACAGGAGCCAUGUGGGAAGGAUCCCUAUUCCCAAGUUCUGCUGGUGAGGCUGGCUGGCUGGACUGCCAUCAGCAGUGCUCGGAGGUCCUGCAGACCUGCAGGGCUGAGGAACUUUGACUUGAUUCCAACAUUCCAUUACCAAGCAUGUCACCUUGGAGCCCACUCAACUCCAAGGAGACCCCACUUACCUCACCCUACAAGAAACGUGGCUCAGAUCAGGCAAUGGGCAUAUCUUCGAAACAUAGAUGUAAACUUGUACAGUCUGUUGUGUGGAGCAUUCAUACAUUUUGCCACUCUUUCAUUGUGACAAUUUUUGUGUUAGGUCCAGAAAUAUCACAACUCAUGUUUUAUCCCAACUGUCUUGUUCCUUGUUAAAUUGAAUAUUAUAUCAGAUAAUUAUUUGUUAAAAAUCAAAAAUAAAUUUGGCUAAUCAAAGGUAUUUAGAAGGAUAUUGUGAAAUCGUUGAUAAUUUUACCUUUUGCUGGUUAAACAGCAGCUAUUUCCUCAUCAAAUUACAAAUCCUGAUUGAAGGUAUACAGAAAUACAAGUUGAAUCUUGUAUAGUACAGCCCAAAAUACAGAAAUAAUUUUAAAAAUACUUUAGAACAAAGCUUUGUAGAUCCACUAAAUUGAUUGGUUUUGUCACGUACAUGCAGAACUGAGAAUGAUUUAAUGUAAAGAAGAAAAUGUGCAAACAUUUCCUAUUUGUAAUAAGUUCACUUAUUGUGAAUAGCAGCACAUUGUUUUAUGGGAGAUAACCUGGGUAUAGAAACAAUAAAACAUUUUAUGUAUUGCUAAACAAAGAGGACUGAAAUUCGAUGUUAGGUUUUGUAAUGGAUUCACUUUGUAUGGAUUAGUAGGACUAAGCAUGAAGUCAGUGUAAUUGUAACUUUAGUAAUCAUCAUAAUUUCAUGUUGCAUUAUAAAUUUUAAUGACUAUGCAUAGCUAUUUCUUGCUUUGCAGAUACUUUUGUAAAUGGUCAUUACAUGCAAGCAUUAAUAGUAUUUUUAGUCUGCACAUGAAGAAGGACUUAUUGGUUUGUAUUAGUUAAUUUUUUUGUUUAUAUGCUCAGGAUAUUUUCCUUGAUCUUUAUGUCGCUAAAGAUGUUUGCGUACAAACAUUUAUCGCUGAAAAUUUAAUUUUAUCCUUCAGAUAACCAAGAGUUUGUGUGUAUUUAAUAGUAGUGGGUUACCAGUGUAAGUGCUAACAAUUGAAGAGUACUGAAGAAAUAAAUCUCGAUCAUUUUAAUUGUGCAAUAAAAUAUGCUAAUAUUUUAUUAUAGAAGAAAAUAGAUGAAACUUCACAAGAAACCUAUUUUGUCCAUUUUCCUACUUGCCUAUAUUAUACUGUAUACCAUAGUAACCAACUACAAAGAAAAUACUGCACAAACUGGUAAUUAAGACUCCCACAUGCUAGGAGUAUUUGGACUUAACAUCUUCGGCAAGUAAAAUAACUUUUUUUUACUUGAAAUAAUAGAAGAGCCCGUGUAUAAUCCAAGUAACAAAUUACUUGUGCUCAUUUUGUGCUUAUGUUGUGGUAUUUUUCGGCUUCAUUCACCAAGCGGAUCUUUCAAUCUGUAGAAUUGGACUUCCCAUUACAUUGCACUUUGAAAGAACACUGCACUUAAGUGAGCAGAUCCUCAGUAGCUGGCCUUUGUGAAUUUUUUUUUAAAUCAUGUUAAUCAUGUUGUAUUUAACGUGUAUAAUUGUUACAAUAAAAUGUCUAUAGUAGAAAAGCAAAGUGUUUGGUACAAUCUUUCUAAUCGGGAUAUUAUCUGAACAUUCAAUGUAAGACUUAUAUCUUUUGUAACUUGACAUUAAAGAGCA